GAAGGAAAACGUAAAGAGUAUGGUAUAGGAAAAGCUUUGAGAAAGAAAUAUUCACAUUUUCUGGGAGAUUUUACAUUAGACAUUGUGGAUUCCAGAUGUACUGAUUAUAACAGAACAAAAAUGUCUUUGCAGCUUGUACUCGCCUCCUUAUUUCCCCCAACGGGAAAACACGUUUGGGAAAAAAAACUGAAAUGGCAGCCUGUUCCUUUUAACUACUGGCCUGUUGAUGAAGAUCACGUUUUAGGAGAUCCCCAUGCAAACUGUCCUCGUUUCCAAGAUUCCUAUCUUAAAUUCCUGAAUUCAUCAGAAGGUCAAAAGUUAUACGAGAAUUUUACCGAGAUCAUCAAGCAUUUGGAGCUUAAAACAGGACAGCGCCUCUACAGUAAAUCGUUUGCAGAACUUUAUUUCACACUGACAACGGAGAGUGAAUAUGGCCUCGAUAUCCCCGAAUGGUCUAAGGCCGCCUACCCAUUCAUAAAGCAUUUAGCGAUUUUAGACUACAAUACAAGUUCGGCGACAGACCUACAGAAGCGACUUUCCACAGGAUUUUUCAUCAAAAAAAUUAUUGACGACUCCGUAGCGAAAUCUAAAGGGAAGGAACAUGAACAUACAAAGAUUUUUCUUUAUAGCGCUCAUGAGUCAAACAUAGCAGCCGUACUCAGAUUCUUAGGAAUAUUCUACAAUCACAUACCGCCUUACGGAAGUUACAUAACUUUCGAAAUUCACAAUGUCAAAGGUGUGAGAGGAAUUAAGGUUUAUUAUCAAGACUACAGCUCCGAGAAGCCGAAAAAAUAUAAGAUACCGAACUGUGAAACAUUUUGCACAUUGGAAAGAUUCGAAUUGCUGUAUAAACAUUUACUACCAGAAUCAGAUCAGGAAUGUUUUGUGGCUACAUCAGAAGGGAGGAUUGUUGAAGAAAUCUGAGUCAUAUUGAACAUUCACAUAAUGUGCUGGUUCAUAAAUUGUCACCUACACAAAUUCUUUUUUUGUUCAUCCUUCCGUCCACUUUUCUGAUUCUUAUUGUUUUGAAUAAAUAGUUAUGUAUAUAUAACACCUCGAUUAGAACAAAGACUAGCAAUAAUAAAGAAAGGAUAAUUGAAA